AUGUAUAUCGAUGAUACGGGUAGUGUUUGUGUCAUUGGUUACCUAAAAGAAAAAAGUACGCAAAGAUGAGCCCCCCAAGCGAAUUUGUUUUCGCCAAACUUCAAGGCAAAUUUGCUGUUCGCUGACUAUUAGCGACGACUGUAUAAUCCGCCACCUGCAUAAUGGAACACAAUCAUGAUUUGUGGGUUGUGCGACCUAGGCGUAUUUUGACUAACUCUCGAGUGUAAGUAAGUCCUGCCAGUAUUUUUAUACGAUAUAGACGAGGGAGACUGAAAACGGCAUUGUCACUCGUGCUCAAUUUAGUUCCCAGUGUGACGCCGUAAAUAUCAUGCAGUGUGGUCUGGGUAACUACGAUGUUUAAGCCAAUCCUUUCCAAUGAAUCAUUUUCCAAACGUCAUCUCGUGGCUAUCAGCUUGCCAGCUAUCAGUGGCAGGCAACUGUACGCUUUCUUCAAGCUGGAUGUACUUUCCCAGAACUACUCUUUGAAAGGUGUCUGAGCUGCACGCGAAUGAGGGUCGCAUUGGUACGAAUAUAAGACCACCGACCAGCACCUUAAUAAAUGCGACGGUACGGCCGAACACAUGAGAAGCUGUUGUUUCUUCAUUGAAGAAGAGCAAGCACGGCGAAAACAAAAAACAGGAGUCGUUAUGAGACAACAGCGUCAAAACUGGCGUAUGCCAGCUGUUCUGGUGGGAACGUUGAUCCUUAGCGGAGUUUUGGGCGAUAAUAAGAAGACUAGCCUAAAAGAGGAGAUGGAAAAAUUGAAAGUAGUACCCGAUGUUCUGCCAAUCGCACCCAAAGCCAAUGUAGAGGUGGAUUAUGGAAACGGCGCUGUGUUGCGUCUUGGCAAUACUUUGACGCCGACCCAGGUAAAAAACCCGCCGACUAGUGUGACUUGGCCUGUAGAAAAUGGAGCCUUCUAUACGUUGGCCAUGGUUGAUCCGGACGCUCCGUCCCGAGAAAAACCCACGCUGAGAGAGGUCAAGCACUGGCUGGUGGUCAAUAUUCCCGAAAUGGAUAUCGGCAAAGGAGAGGAGAUCGCCGGUUAUCGUGGCUCGGGACCCCCUAAAGGCACUGGACUGCAUCGUUACGUAGUCGUGGUUUACAAACAACCGGGUCGCAUCGAAGUACCUGAUAAGAAAGUGGCUAGUUCCUCGCGGGCGGACCGCUAUCACUGGAGCCUUAAGGAUUUCGCUGCGAAAUAUAACCUAGGCGAUCCUGUUGGGGGUAACUUCUAUCUCGCCGAAUGGGACGCAUACGUUGAUACUAUCCCUAAGUAAUGUGUAACGAAUAUUGUUUCACCCCUUGCCCUAAGAAGAUGUUUUGUUUAAAGUGCGAAACAUAAAAAGUUAAAAUGAGGAGCACUUGUGACAUACCAAUUAUAAAAAGACUGGAUGUUCCACUAGAAAAGAGCAGUUGUUUGCAAUCGAAGAGCCAAAAGAAGGAAGGAAUAAGCGGCUUAACGAAGCAGAUUCAGGUCCUCGUCAAUGCAUUCUAGUAGAACCGGUAGUGAAGCGUAUUAUGUAAUUGUUAAUAUUGAAUCAUAUAGAAAAAAACUAAUAAAAGCAUAUUUAUUAAUAUUCAGCUUUUUUCGAUGAAUUAUAUAAUGUAAUCCAGCGCUUUUAAUGGGUUCCAAGAAGUGUAGCGUGAUAAUAAUAUUUGACCAGUUCUAUUAAUUGUUUUUUCAUAAAACAAUAUAAUUAUCGACGAUGUAUAUCUGUGCCA